AUGUAUUUAUCAGGAAGAAAGAACUUGGGUAGUUUACAUGGUUCCCCAAUAGGUGUAGGAUCUCUGGAAGAAAUCAUUGACGAUGAUUAUGCCUACGGACCAGCAUAUUAUGUCAGCAUCUUAUCAUUUGCUAUGUUUGUUGUCGGUGUACUUCAAAAUGAUACUGAUCCAACGGUUAGUGUUAUGAAACUUGAGAGAGCACCUACAGAUAUUGGUGGUUUAGAACAACAAAUUCAAGGAAUCAAAGAAUCC